UUUCCGCGUCGGCCGAUUUUCUGGCUCUCGCUCACAUGCAGGAGUGGCACAUUCAUUUUGACCAAGGAGCUUGACGCAAUUCCAUUAAGGGUUGUGCCUCUAUUCCUGCACUUGCGAGGGGUGCAGUCGCCACGAGAAACUUUCCACUCGCCACAGGCCGAUCGGCGAUGACACCGUGGAGCAGCCGGACUCGCCACUGAAGGUAAAAGGAACGCCACAACCAUGUUCAAAAGUUCAGUGGCGUGGGUGUUGAACAAACACCUUGGAAAGUACGUCCAGGAUUUGGAUACGGAAAACCUGAAUGUGGGAAUUUUCAAUGGAGAGGUUCAGCUGCACAAUCUCAAACUCAAGCCGGAAGCUCUGUACGAGCUCAAGCUGCCAAUUGAGGUGCGCGAGGGACAGAUAGGCUCCGUUACGCUGAACAUCCCGUGGAAUGGACUCGUCAAUCAGGCCAUCGUUCUCACCAUCGAGGAUGUGUUCAUCGUCGCUGGUGCAGUGGUUGGAGACAUUUUUGACGCAGACCUCGAGAAGAGGCUGCUUCGAGCGACUAAAAAGAGGAUUUUGGACGAGCUGGACGAGGUAUCCUUUUUUGAAAUGGGCAAGGAGGACGGGAUGCUUGGAAAAUUGGCCACCAGUCUGGCGAAAAACAUGCAGAUUUUCAUUAGAAACGUACAUAUCCGGUACGAAGAUACGACCUCGAUGCCGGACUCGCCUGUGUCGUGCGGACUUUGCCUUCAAAGCAUAUCCAUCGAAACCACAAACAGCAAAUGGAAACCGUGUGCAACUUCUCCUGACUCAAACUCGAUUUACCAGUUGAUUCGAAUUCAGUCACUGUCGUUCUACUGGAAUCCCUGCACGCGGGCCCGAGGUCUGGUUUUGACUUCAGGAAACUGGCGUCAAUCAAUGUGCCAAGGACUGCAAAGUUUCAGCGUGAACGGGGAGCCGUUCGAAUUCAUCCUGAAGCCAGUGUCAGCAAAGGCCAAACUCAUAAUUACACAAACGAACGAGAUCAAAGUUCCAAAAUUGCUGUUAGACGUAGUGGUGCAGGACGCCGUUUUGCAAAUUUCUAGAGCACAGUAUACUUCUAUGGCAAUGCUGCAGGAGGCCUUUCAGCGAAUCGAAAAGAACAGAGAGUAUCGUGAGUAUCACCCUGGAGUGAAUCUGCACAAAAACGCUUCGCUGUGGUGGAAAUACGCUUUCGUUUCUGUACUGGAACAAAGAGUGAGACCGUAUUCGUGGCCGCGGAUAAAAGAGCACAGGGAGUCCUACCGUAAGUACGUUCAGGCGUACAAAUUGAGUUUGCUGAGUCCAACCGAUGUGGAGCUGAAACUUGACUUGCAAAAACUGGAGGACCGGCUGCGUGUGAUCGACCUUGUGAUAGCGAGGGAACACGCUAAAAUAGAGCUCUCUCGCGAAGAGCCGGAGAAACUGGCAGUGACUAGUUCGGAACGCUGGUGGCUGGGGUUGUGGAAAUGCGUUGAUCCUGAGAUCAAGUUCAAGAUGGUUGCUAAUCCGAGUCCUGGUUUCUGGAGCAGACUCACUCAGCAGGAGAGGGAGAAAAUCUACGAGCUGAUUGACUACUCCGAAGAUAACACCAACUCAAAGCAGAGGCAGUUCAUAGAACACAAAUACAACCUGACCCUGGCCACCCUGAGCGUGUCUUUAGUGAGCCACGGACACGAAAUCAGUUUGGCCACCGUAACUCAGUUCCUAAUUAGUCUGGAGACUCGAAGCGCGGAGGCCGCGUUUAAAUUUUCGGCCCGCGCCGAGAAGUUUCUGCUGGAAGGGAUCACUUUUGAGAACGAACUGGUGCCUUUGGUGCAGGCCGACAUUCUUAAUUCUGAUUCGAGCGUCACAAACGUCUUUGCAUUCGACUUUGAGAAAAACCCAGUGGCGCCAAACACGGACUUUAGCGUGAAUAUGCGCCUAGAGCCACUGGAGAUUAUUUACAACGAACAAACCCUGGCUGAACUAAUUGGAUUUUUCCAAAAGUUAAACUUCACGAAAAUGUCUGAAGACCCAGUCACCGACUUUUUUGUCGAAGCUAAGAUGAUGGUCAAGCACUUCAUGCUGCAGCGCAAGAAAGUGUACUUGAACCUGCAACUGAAAGGACCAACGAUCGUUUUGCCUGAGCAAGGCUCCAUCCAAAGAGGUGGGCAGCUCAUGAUUUUGGACACUGGAUGCCUGAAAGUGAGCACUGAGCUGCAGAACGGACCGAUUUCCAUUGAAGAUGAGACCAAGACUGAACUUGAGGAGCAUCUCUACGACAGGCUAAACCUGGAACUGUCAAAUAUGCAAAUUUUAUUUUGCGACUGCAGCGACGAGUGGCGCGAAAAGCGCAAAAUGAAUGAUUCAGACAUGCAUCUUCUGUCCUGCCUAAAAACGCAAUUCAUGUUCUCAAACAGCAUUAAGCCGGAAUACAGACAACUCCCAAGGCAAAAAGUGAACUUUUCGAUUGGAAGCGUGAAACUGAAUUUAUCGAAUCGCAAAAUGUUCCACCUUCUGAAUUUCAUGGAUAUGUUCCCAUUACCCACGCCAAACAGCAUCCACUCGAGUCAGGUGAUCGACUCGGUGGUUUGGCACAACGAGUUUGCACUCGACUCGGUAGAGCAGGUGCUCCUGUUGGAGAGGCUGAAAUGCAUUCGCACCAUCAUUGUGCAAGCUCACUUGGUGACCUUAGAGCCUCAGACGCCCUGCAGCCUCACAUGCGGCUCUCAAAAGCUCACACUCUCAGCUUCAGAUACAGAAAGAUUUUUGUCCUCUUCCGACCAGAGCGACGAGGAGAUUGAAAUUUGGGCAAAAGUUUUGGACCAGCCUGGUUUUGAAGACAACGUUUCUCCUCAUAAUACUAUUGGCGUUCUGCUAAGGUUCAUGUUAGGAGAGCUUGUGGUUAAUUUUUCGAGAUCCGAGAACAAGGUCGAUCAACCGUACUUGAUGUUGAGGCUCGAGAAAAUUUGCGUUGACUCGGCAAUUUUGGAAUAUGGACCGGCCGUUCAGUUGAGCUUAGGUUCAUUUCAACUUGUGGACAAAAUACACACGUGUGCUGGCGGCUGUUACAUCGAAUUGCUCCGUGGCAACGCACUGACGGGAAUGGACGUGGUCACGAUUCUAUAUAGAAAAGUGAAAGCAAACUGCCCGGAUUUCAAGAGCCACUUUCACAGCAUUGAGCAUUCCCUGGUAGUGGACUUGCACGCCAUCACGACUUUAUUCCACCGAGAGGCAUUUGUUGCACUAUUUAAAUACUUCACUUCAGUCAGUUUAGAAAUCCGAAGGCACGAUUCGGCCAUUGGUUCGAUGAUCUCCGCGUCCAUGACCUCUAUCCGCGAGUCAUUGUCAUCGGUGAGCACAAUGUCCCUAUCUAGCUAUUUCGCUUUUGAAGAGGACCCACCGGUGCCUCCAGGUGCUACCAAACUGAGCUACUCGAUCCGAAUGGCUGACCUGCAGACGAGGCUUUGCAGUACGGAUGCAGACUUCCUUGACAUCAAGAUAACUGGAUUAGAGGUUGACAGUCUGGUCAAAGCGAACGAGCGGACUGUUCACCGGCUGUUUCUCAAUAACAUUGCGGUUGAGGAUUUAUCAGACAUGACCUUAUACAACAAGAUUGUAUUUUUGGACGGGGAACAUCUUCUGGACGCGAAAUUUGUGGUGCACAGCUCCAGAAUCAGUGGUUCUAAAUCGGGAAUCGACAACGGCAAAGAGAAAAUCAAAUCAGACGGCACGAUCAAGGCAAACGUUGCAAGACUAAACAUUGUGUGCCUGCAAAGAAUUGGCAUUGACAUUUUGAAUUUUUUGGACCCAUUUAUGGACAUCAGAGCAGCGAGUUGGAAAGCGGCUGCUUUCAUAGGAAGGAAACUGACGAAAAUGAAAUAUUUCGCGCUGAAAAUGCAACUUGCGCUUGAUAUUUGCAUCCCAACUUUGCUGAUACCCCAAAAGUCAGACUCGCCUAAUCUACUAAUCGUCAAUUUAGGCACGUUGCGCGUUGAAAACUUCUUCAAAUAUGACGAGCAAGCAACUGAUGCAGCAAUGGUUGCAAUUGAAAACAUACUGGCCAAAUUGGAUUGCGUGCAGGUUUCAAGGGCAAUAAUAACCUUGGCAGGAACAGUUGAGCCGCAAGAACCAAUCGUGGAACCUACGGGGUUCAGUUUUGAUUUAAAGCGCAGGGCUUACACCAAAAAGGACGGCAGCAAAAGCAAUUCUCCUCUCUAUAGGAUCAGUGGCACGAACGAAAAAAUCGUAAUAAAUUUGGGCCAAAAGGAUCUUGCGACAAUUUUAAUGGUUAAUCAAGAGAAUGCGGCUGAAGGAUUAUUUGCUGAGCUACAUCCUAAGUCAACGCCGCUUUCUCCCGUGCAUUCUUAUACUGCCAGCUAUGGUCUUCACCAAGAAGACAGAGUUUUGAAAACCAUCCAAACGUUUCUGUGUCAAAACAAGGACGACGAGCUAGAAACUGAAGUUAACUUUAUGGUAGAUGCGAUCAGUAUUAACUUAUUCAUGGACAUAGAUGAGGAACUGAGCUCACCAGUGCGCUGUCCUCAACAUUUACUUUGCACAUUUGACCUGAGUGACAUGUCAACUGCUGUAACUGCAACUCGUUGCGGCGCUUUUGACAUUAAAACAGUUCUGCACUCAGUUUAUGUUCGAGACACUGUGAAAAGUUUUAAUAUUCUUGAAAGAGGGACGUACAGUCUAAAAUUAAAAGACGCGAAAGAGCCCCCAUUCAUAGAGUGGCACGCCAGUAAAUCAAUAUCAGAUUCGUGGAUUCACGACAUCGUGAUUGAAAGCUACACAGUUAACCUCACCGCGCAGUUCCUGACCAAUCUUUUUAGUUUUUUCUACGACAGCGCACAUGCUGACCUUCCCUCAGAAGGGGGCGUCAUCAAUUAUGGGUACAUAGGCGAUCUGACGUGCCACAAAGUUCUGCAAAGUCAAAUAGGCAGAUCAAGUGAGACAGCGACUGUGUCGCUAUCACUCAGGCUGAGGCAAUCAGACAUCAAUUUGAUGUCUGAAAAUGCGAACGGAUGCCUUUGUUUCCAGUCGGAAAUCGUGAUGGACUACAUGCGUUCGCCAGCCGAGCUGAGCGAGAGCUGUGAGAUCUUGGUGUCCAGAGCGCAAGUCAACUUUAAAGAGGAUGAUCACAGCUGUCAUGUGGUACUUCAAAGUUGUGACCUCGAGUUUUCUCGCCAGAUGCCUUCCCUGGAGGAAGGCGUAAAGAUCAAUAUUUCUGUCAGCCCGCUUAACGUCAGGGUCUCGUCAAAAGUCGCACAAAUGAUCUGCUGCUUGGCGAGUGAUUUAACAAGCAUGACACAAACCAGUUCCUCAAGUAGGGAAUCUCGAAUGCCUCUCAGUUUCCAGGAGCUCGAUAAUCUGUGGACACCCAAAAAAAUACCGGUCUGCGUGCCGUACAACGAGGACGCGCCGUUGCCUAGACAAGUGCUAAGAUUCGAUAUGAAAUUUUCAGAAUCACUGUUGCUGACCAUCACGAAAGUGAAUAUUCUCUUCCUAAUGGAAGGGGACAUCAACGCAAGACAAAACAGGCCGCUUUUCCAAAUCAAGUCCUCGUUGGCUGCCGAGGUUAAAAACUGGUCAUCUCAAGUACAAUUGCUAUCACAAAUUCAAGUGCAAGCUUCGUACUUUAACGAAAAGCUGCGCAAAUGGGAGCCCUUCAUUGAGCCACCUCGCGAUGGAAGCGGCUACAAGCCCUUAGAAAUUUACAUCCAGCUAUUUCAUGGAAAAGCAUUCAACGUGUACACGUCAGCUUGCAUCGAGACCGACCAGAUUGAUAAAAAGAAGUACGAAACCGUCUCAAACACUUGCUCCAAAAUGGUUUUCAUCGACAAGGAGUGCACAGAGGUUGAAAAUGAAAUUUCUCCUAAGUUUUCGAGAAAAUCAAGCGAUAAUGACUCUGACAAUUCAAACCUAUAUCUAAACAAGCUCGCGGAACUGAUAGAGCACCUCGUUCGCGACGAUAAAGGAAGCGAGUCAGAUGAUUACAACAGCAAAGAUGAACUAUCUGACGAGAUGGAUCAAACUGACGGGACAGACAGGGAAAUCGAAAGAAAAUUUCUCAAGCAUGAAGAAGACGAUGAACACGAGUGCAUUGCAACGUACAUUACAAUUUGUGCAAAAGACAGAAUAGAGUUUACAAUUACCAGCGCAGCCAUCGAGACAUGCAAUGUUCUCAUUUCCAAGUUCUUGGUCGAUUCGAUUGACUUUAGUGGUCAGUAUGCGAAAGAAAUUGAACUGCUGAACUACAUAGGGCCUUCGUCGGUAAUUUCACUGUACGGUCGCCUCCAGCGAGAUGGCUCCGACGAGGAGUACGUGCUUUUGUCAACUGCAGAAUUCGGCUACUGCAGAUCGGGCCAAAGCACUCCAGACCUGUUGGAUGUGCCGGAUCGAUGUAACGACGAAAAGGCAGCAUCCGUCUCGGUACUCACACCUACAUACAAAGACGACUCAGCUGAGUGCUGGUACCACAGGACGACGGCUAUGAAAAUUUCCGUGGACAUCGAGGGCUUCCAUCAGCUAAAUAUAUUAGUGCCGCAGAGAAGAAUUAGCACGAUUCUCCCCUUGGAAAGCUCAAAACACGAAACGACGUAUCAUGUAGCCGUUACGGUCGAUAAUAAGCUCGGGAAUAAAGUUAUCACGGUGCAUUCUCCACUGAAAAUUUACAACGAAACGGCUCACGCGGUCACUCUGUACUGCAACAAGUCUUCACUGGAAGCCAUUGGCGAGGACGCAGAUGGGGAGGUGGUCAACCCGUUCCAAGACCUCGUCAAAGUCUCUGUCAUUGAGCCCAGCGAAACUUAUCACGUGCCCCUUUUUAUUGCAUAUCACAGCAAGUUAUAUGUUCUUCCAUCGUACAUUGAAGACUGUCGUAUCAGUGAAACUGGAAUCUGGUGGAAAGAUUUUGCGAGCAAGCCAGUUAUGGAUAUCAAAUGCCAAUCCAAGCAAAGCAGCAAUGAAGUCUUAUUUUCCAUCAGGGCAGUUGCCAAGCACAAUGAAGGCGCAUCAGAGGGUAGAAUACCUAAUUACAUGGUGCGACUUUUGCAACCACUGACGAUCCACUUCCUCCUCCCUACGUCAGUUGAAAUCACACUGCCGGCCAGCAGAAAGCAAAUUCUAAUCGAAACGGGCUCGUUUGCCGACAUUUACGAGCUGGACAUGAGCUCGGAGAAAAACAUUCCAUUGACGGUUUCAAGCUACAAAGGCUCUUCUUGGAAAGGCGAACUUGUCAUUAGCAACGAGAAAGUGAAGGCCUCAAUAAAUAUGCAGUCAGAAGGCAUUAAUGAAAAAUUCAUUGUGUGCGUCAGCACCGACGAAACGAGCAGCAAGAACGUCUACUUGUACGCAACGCACUGGGUCGUCAACAAGUGUGGAACGAAUCUGUCAAUCAAGGGAGCACCGUCGAAGGACGAGACAAGCAUACAAAACGAAGAGCUGCUCCUGUUGAGCUUGGAGCGAAAGCAGGAUGUUGUGCUAAAAGUGGGACAGUCUGCAUGGUCAGCACCAUUCAGUCUGCACGCGGCCGGCACUUCCGGCGUAGCCAUCUGCCAAGACCAUGAAAGAGGAAACAAAAUUUUCCGCCUGCACGUUACCAUAUCUUACGCUCAAUCGUGCCCAUCAUUAACCAAAAUCGUAACAAUUUGGCCGUACUUCAUGGUGGUUAACAACUGUAGAAAGCAUUUGCGUUUCAUGGAAGAUAACGAAAAAGCCGAUCUGUGGAUAGAUUUAGCACCAGCAACGUGUACACCGUUUUGGCCAGACACCUCGACGAUGCGCAUGUUCGUUAAGUUCAGGGAUGGAAAAUUGGUGUCUCAGAAUUUCCCAAUCAACUACUGCCACGCAACUGUUCUUAAAAUGGACAAAGGUUGCGGUCUAAAUGUGAAGGUUACCGGAGGGGCUGACAGUCCGUUUACGAUUAUGUUCACUAACUUUGAACCUGGCGAUGCACCGAUUAGAAUAGACAACUUGUGCGAGAUGAUUCACAUUAAAAUUCAUCAGAGUGAUCCAGGACAGCCGACUUCUUUCCAGGCCGCGACUGUUCUCAAUCCAUACCAGUCUAUAUUGUACACUUGGGACAAUCAUUGUAAAGAAAGAGUACUGCUGUGGAAUGCUUGCAAUUCGAACACGGAUGAUAUGCCGGUGAACAUUUGGAAAGAUGGCUGUGGCAUCAAGAAAGUAGAGCUACAAAACGACCAGCCACCACCGUCGCCAACUCCUACACCCGCUAACUCGACAGUCUCGAUGUCCUCCAAAAUAUCGGCAGGACUUCGGCGCCUCUCAAAGCCCUCGUUUGACGCGGCUGCUAAAGUUCAAGAGGACUCUAACAAACUAGACGAGGUCUUCAUAUAUUGGGUGAGCUUUCUCGAGUGUGGACAGCGAGUGCUGCUUCUCACCACGGAUUUGGACACUGCGCUGAGAACCAGAAACAUGAUCGAGUUCGAAAAAGGCUCCAUGGAGAUAAUUUUUUCUCUCCGGGGUGUUGGAGCUUCGUUAGCCAUUGAUGAGGACGACCCUACCGAAGAACUAGCGUAUUUCAGCCUUCAAGAAUCUGCGCCUAACUGGGAAGUGUUAGUCUCACAAGACUGGUGCCCAAUGCCGUUUGAGCUGGCUGCCUGGUGUGAGGAAAAAUUCAUCCAAGGCUUGCCAUCAGCAAAACUCAAGACGCUCAUUCACAUCGACUUGGAAAAAAUGAAACUGAUUAAACCGUUCUUCGCGGAGGUGAGGAGGAUUCAAAGUCCAGCGGUCUGGAUGCAAUAUCGGAAAUCGUCAAGACAGGUGUUUAUCAACUGGAAGAUUCACCAAAUUCAAAUUGACAACCAUCUGGCAGAAUCCGGGAGCCCAGCAUUUUUGAGCCCAGUGCCAAAUCAAAAGAGUGCAUACCAGCCUUGUUUCGACUUGAAGGCACUUUGUCAGCAUUUCCACCAACAAUCAGUUUACAAGUAUAUCACACUGAACGUCGCGAGUGUCCGCGUGGAUUUGGAUUUUAAAUUUCUGUCCAAAAUCUUGAAAUACGCAAAGCAAUGGCAGAGUCAGGUGGCUUUGGAAACAAAAGCGCGAGCGGACGUGGCACAAGUGCAUCAGUCAUUUGGAUACAAGCAAAAUAUUUCAAAUUACGACUGUCUGGUUGAGUACAUGUAUCUGUCCCCUCUCAUUGUUGAAGUGCGAUAUGUUCCGCUGAAAAAAUCGCAUCUGACCAUCACGGAUCAUGGCUCGAAUCUUCUGACGGAUAUUUCAGCACUCUUCAUGCACACGAAACAUGCGAACAUGUAUUCAUUGAGGUUGCUCCCAUGCGAAAAAAUCGGGCUGCUUUUGCCGACUGUGGAGCAGCUGAAUAUUAUAAUCAAGCACUACACGAAGCAGCUUAAUCAGAAAUUUUACGCGUCGGUGCUCGGGCAGAACGUGCUGACAAAUCCCAUCGGAACGAUAUCAGAUAUGGGGAUAUCGCAAUCCACAAAUGAGUCGGUUUCAAUUUUGCCAGAGCCGUGUUCAUGCGGCGUGGCUUUUGGCGCAAAGGUGCUCAUGGGAUACGCUAUAGGACCAGCGGCUUGGGAUUUGAUGCCCGGAGGAGAAAUUGCGGAAUACCUGGCUACCUUUUCCAGGAACGAGCUGCGAAAUCCGACCAUCACGGUAGACGAAGCGGACAGCAACACGAACAGUUUGAUUCCGGCAGCACAAAUCUAUUUGAACGGAAUAUUCUACAAUGAGGCUGCUGCAGAGAGUGCAGAAAGUAGCGUUGAAAAAUUUUGCAAAGGAACGGGGGAAAGGUUGAUGCUGAUGGUGGAGGCUAAAGACAUUGCUUGUCCACUUUUGUCAAUUUCAUACGCACUAAAACGACUAGUCGACUUUGAUGAAAUCAACAUGCCAACGAAAUUGCGACUCUCAAAAUACACAAAUCCAUAUACUGGCUUCAAACCGUACAAUGAGGAGGAAGCGAUUGGACAACAAUUGCUUAAAAUGCUGAAUGACAGUCACUUGAAAGAGACAUAUUGGAGCCAUGUAUCGUUAUCCUCAACUACAAUGGCACUUAUUUCAGACAAAAAAAUUUAUGUUCUUCAAAAUGCAACGCAGCCGUGGAAAAACUGGACAGUCCAGAAUGAAAUCAAGAUUACCCAGUUAAUAUCUGUGCCUCAAGUGAAGAAUUCGGAACUGGUAUUCCUAAUUAUGAAGGACACGCGGGAGGAAUACCAUUUGGAAACGGAAGAUGCCUUAGUUGCAAAGUGGUUGCAAAACAAAGUUGAGACUGCUAUGAUCGCAGGAAUGGAAGAAAAGCCUUGCCCAACAACAUUAUAAUCCAAUAAAUAAAAUAUAUAAUAUUGUUAUUUAUGGUCAAAGCAGCAACCAUUCCGAAUUAGAAUUUUAUAUCUAAUUUUAUAUCUAACCCCUGACGAAAGUCAUUAGACAAAAGAUUCUUAC